GAUAUGCAAGGUCACAAUUUUUUCUGUGUGGCAUCUUCCCUUUUUGGCAUCGUCGUGGUGGUAUCUUCACCUGUUGGUAUCACUGCGUUACCCAGUAGCAUCUUCGCAAGUUGGUGCCGUCAUGUUACUCUACCUGCCUGCUAUUACCUAGCGCCUGUCGUACCUAAUU